AUGGUUGACAGCGAAGCUAAUUCGCCUACGUGGAAGUUCACCCAGUGCUUCGGCGACAAAGGUGACGUUGAGGAUAUCACCGAAGCUGAUAUUAUCUCCACCGUCGAGUUCGACCACACUGGAAACUACCUAGCUACGGGAGACAAAGGUGGUCGGGUCGUCCUCUUCGAGCGGAAUGAAACGAAAAAGUCUUGCGAGUACAAGUUUCAUACCGAAUUUCAGUCUCAUGAGCCCGAGUUCGAUUACCUCAAGUCACUGGAGAUCGAGGAAAAGAUUAACAAGAUCAAAUGGUGCCGCCGUCAAAAUGCAUCUCACUACCUGCUCUCCACAAAUGACAAAACAAUUAAGCUGUGGAAAGUCUUCGAGAAGUCGUUGAAGGUUGUGGCUGAGAACAAUCUCUCUCACGAACCCACUCCUGGCAAUGUUGCUGGAGGCGGAGGAGCUUCCCGACCCCUUGCCACCAGUCAAAACUUCCGCCACGCAACCGACCUCAAACUCCCACGCCUGACACAUCACGACACCGUCGUUGCGGCCGUGCCGCGCCGGACCUACGCCAACGCCCAUGCCUAUCAUAUCAACAGCAUUUCUGUCAACAGCGAUGGCGAGACCUUUGUCAGCAGCGAUGAUCUCCGCAUUAACUUGUGGAACCUCAAUAUACAAGACCAAAGCUUCAACAUCGUUGACAUCAAGCCCGCAAAUAUGGAGGAGUUGACUGAAGUCAUCACUGCCGCCGAGUUUCACCCCGUGAGCUGCAAUUGGUUCAUGUACGCCAGCUCCAAGGGCACGAUUAAACUGGCCGACAUGCGCGAAAGUGCACUAUGCGAUCAGCACGCCAAACUCUUUGAGCAAGAAGAAGACCCUUCCGAACGUUCCUUCUUCUCGGAGAUAAUCUCAUCUAUAUCAGAUGUCCGCUUUUCAUACGACGGACGAUAUAUUCUGUCGCGCGACUAUCUUACUGUCAAAAUCUGGGACAUUAACAUGGAGCGGCAGCCAGUCAAGACAAUACCAAUCCAUGAGCACCUGCGGCAGCGGCUAUGUGACACGUACGAGAAUGACAGCAUUUUCGACAAGUUCGAAGUAGUUUUCUCCGGUGACUCGAAAAACGUCAUGACAGGGAGCUAUAACAACAAUUUCAUGAUAUACCCAUCAGACCCUGAUAGGGAAGUUGAGGUGGUCCUCCAAGCAGACAAGUCGGCAUUUAAGGCCAAAAAAGUAGGCGUACCUACACCCAUCAAUGCGUCAACGAGUCCGACGACGAAUGGUGGCAAGAAGAACGGCUCCAGAGCAGGCAGCCCCGUCGGAGGUGCCCAGAGGAUGCGUAAAGAGACAGAUGCGGACCAGAUUGAUUUCAACAAGAAGAUUCUGCAUAUGAGCUGGCACCCGUUUGAGGAUAGCAUUGCUAUUGCUGCAACGAACAACCUCUUCGUCUUCUCGGCACUGUAA